CACGGUAACUAGCAACUAAAUUUCAAAAGUCAAUUCGUAAAUUUUUUAUCAAUGUCAUGGGCAUUUUGGGGGGAUUUCACAGUUGUACACUGGAUCUACAGAAGUACAACGAAGAUCUAAGGGUUUUCAAGUUUGUCAAAAUUAGUUGUGGUAAUCAGUUGAAAAUUUGAAUAGGAUAAAGCUUACAUUUCUAUGCCUAUUUUUCAGUUAUACAGGUUUUUGUCCCCAAUACAAGUAUCGAUUAGGUGACACAUUUGGUACCACUACUCACAAAGUCUUAUUGGAUCCCACUGUUCACCAUGCAGAAAAAUUAGUUUUGUCUGAUAGGUCAGGAGAUGAUUUUCAGACAUUCAGGCCAGCUACAAAAGAAAUUGAUAUUGUAAAUGAAAGACAUGGAGAUACUAUUUACAGACAUCCUAUGGUCCCUGGUUAUGAAGGCUUCGUACCGAAAGAACAUGGAAAAUUUGGGCAAAGGUACACUGUUCAAGCUACAGAAGCGCUGGCAGAUUUUGAGAAAGCUCAAUUGGAUAAUCGUCUAGCUCAGAAUCAGAUAACAAAGAUAGGGUAUUUGCAAGAUAAUCGGUGGGAUCCCAAAACUUUGGAAGACAAAGAGUUAGCUCAAAGUCAGUUUAAAUUGCCACUAUUAGAAGUUAGACCAGAAUGCGGAGGAGUCCUAAGAAACUUACCUGUGACUGAACCGCCUAUUACUCCACCCUUACAAGCACAAAGCCCAUAUUUCUCAGACCUUAGUGAUCCUGAGAAAUAUUUAAAAUCGGGAUUUACCGGCCAUGUGCCCUUCGGGUACGCCUCUUUCGGCCAGACUAACGAAGCGAUGACUAACAGCGCCCUCUGUGACUUCACAUCAAACUACAGAAAGCGUCUGAGUAACGAAUGGGCUCCGGUAAUGAUCGAUAGGCCUGAUCCACCUGUUCUGAUACAACCAUCAGAAAUAUAUCACAAGCAUGUUGGUCAGCUUCCAAACUAUGGUGGACAUAUUCCCGGAGCCAUAUUCAGGUAUGGCAAGACGUAUGGAAACGAUUCCAGAGAUGCGAAACGAUGGCUUCGUGGCGACUUUUCUACAUGAAAUUCUCAUUUUAGUUUUCCACAGUUCUUAUUGGAUGUGAUGAUAAAUCAUGUACAGUGUAGCUGUAGUUUGUCUAAAAUCUUAGGUAGAAUCUCUAAGGUUUCAUGAUCCUGAAAAAUAAGCUGUUAACUGAUGAUGACAAGAAAGUUUAUAUUGUACAUUACCUUAAUAAAACAGAAUCGAACGAAGUUCUCCA